AUGCCAGAUCCCUACGUGCCAGAACCAGACGUCUACCACAGCCUGCCCCUGCGCGAUGAUGCCGUGCACGACAAACGCCAGCCGCAGUUCUCCCAUCGACGGGUGGACACGCAUACACGUUCAGAGAGCGACGACGAGCGCUCCAAGGACGAGAUCCGUGCGCCCGUGAUCCGUAAAGUCACGCCUGGCGUGGAGACCUUGGCCGCGGACGUCUCGUGCCUGGCGGUGCCUUUGGGCCUACUCGGAUUCGCCAUUGCGGUGCUGUGCCAUGAUGGACGAGAGGCAACGCCAGAAGCCAUUGCGAAAUGGGUCAACGUAGCUUCCAUUGUACAUCAGCUGUCGACCCUUUUCCCAGUCAUGUUCGCGGCCAUCGUGGGCAGACUGAUGGUCCAGGUCGCUCGCUAUCGCCUCGAGCAGGGCAGCACCCUGGGCACCCUGGAGCAGCUCCUCGGCAGUCGCACCGUAGGCGGCGCCGUCUUGUCGCCCUUUCAUCUGAAGGGCGUCAACCUGCUGGCCGUAGGACUGCUGCUGCUCUGGGUCUUUUCGCCGCUGGGGGCGCAGUCCAUCCUCCGCAUGCUGCUCCCCCAGCUGAGCUCACGCGUCCAGGACAGUGGCGUGCAGUACUUUGACACGCGGGCCAAGAGUCUUCUCAGCGAUUACACAGCGUCGUCCGCAGGCUCGGCCAUCAGCUCGCAGGUUGCCAUUGACCUGUUUGGCACCAUCUACACCUCCCUGCUACUUGCGCCAAGCGUUGUCAAAAACGACACGAUGGAUCUCUGGGGCAACGUCAAGAUUCCCCUGCUCCCUGCGUCAUCGUCGUCGGCUUCUUCUUCCUGGCGGGAACUGAAACAGGGCGACAUUCCACGGUACUCCGCGAUGGUGGGUAUCCCGCUGUUAAACGUCAGCGAGGGCAACACGUCUUUCACCCUCGAGUCGAGCUACAUAUCUCUCGACUGCGAGGACUUGAGAACCCAUACGGAAAACGAGACCCUGGAAGAGGUCAACUCCACCGUGAUCCAAAUGUGGGUGUACUAUCCGUACAACACCAUCCCGAACGGCACUUUCCAGGGGUACCCCACGAGUCGCAACAUCUCCGGCAAACUCGAGUCGGCGCCGUGGUCACUGUCGGUCGAUCGGUUCGUCGACUCUGGUUGGGCCAACGGAUCGUGGAUUCGCAGAGACACUGUCCCAGAGGACGAAGAGUGGGCGUAUAUGGAGCGAGUUCAGGAUUCUCCCGCCUUCAUGUUCGAGCACGACGAGGACGUUGACUUUGGGCCAGUAAGACUCUACUUUCAAGCCGCGCUCUCUAACCAGGCACUCCUCCACGAAGACGCCGUGUUUUCCUACUGCGAUAUCGAGCAACGCUACGUCGAGUCCCGCGUCAUCUGCGAACGGCCGCCAUCCAAUAACCGUCCCUCGUGUCGGGUCAAUGCCCAGCGGGACUCCCAAAAGGCCCAUCCGCCGUCGACCAUCACGCCGCUGUCGUUCCCGCAAAUCCUGCAGGCUUUUUCCAAGAACAUGCCCCUCGCCACGGGGCCGAACGCGGGCGACAUAUCCAACGCCGACAUCACACUGCAGUACAUGGCCGAUCCCGCCCUCCGCAACCUCACCCUCCCCGGGCCGGGCGACGCCGUCAGGCUGCAGGACACGCAGCGGGCGGACUUUUCGCAGCGCUUCACAGAGGUGCUCAACUCGUAUCUGCACGUCACGCAAAUGUUCACCAACGCCCUGGGCAACGAGGACCCAGAUGGCAGACGACUGAGCAGCAAUGUCACCGCGCCCGCCAAGGUUGAGACCCUCGUGCUGGAGUACCACGUCCGCAAGGAAUGGGCCGCCCUGUGUAUCUUGGCGUGCUGCGUCUUGCUCGCGGCGGGUGUCGCGGGCGUGGUCUACGCACACGUUUCCGUGGGACCGGAGAUUCUGGGCUUUGCGUCGACCGUGGUGCGCGACUCCAAGUUGGUGGAUAUGCCCGUGGGUGCGGGAGCCAGGGACGGACUGGAAUUGACGGUCGAGAUGAAGCAGAGAAGGAUACGGUAUGGUCUGACGAGGAGGGAUGGCGAUUUGGAGCCCCUCUUGGGGGUUGGCGAGGAGGAUGGGACGGUGAGGAUUGGUGAUUUGGUACGUGGGACGUGA